AUGGCAAGGGUUGUAUUCAUUACAGGUGCCAACACGGGCAUUGGCCUGGAAGCCGUGCGCGCUCUCUAUCGCUCAAAAGAGUCCUACCAAAUUCUGCUGGGCUCUCGAUCUUUGACCAAUGCCAACAGCGCCAUCGACACAGUCAAAUCCGAGUUCCCAUCCUCGAAUAGCACCAUUACCCCAGUUCAGAUCGAUAUCGAAAACGACAACUCAAUCAAGACUGCAUAUAGCACGAUAGAAUCCCAGCUCGGGAAACUAGAUGUCCUAAUUAAUAACGCUGGUGCCCAAUUCGAGCAGCAAUUUUCCGCCGGCAAGCUUUCCGAACGUGAGCUCUGGAACAAAUCCUGGGAUGUCAAUGUGACGGGCACACAGAUCGUGACUACUACCUUCAUUCCGCUUCUUCUCAAAAGCAGUGACCCUCGUCUGCUCUUCAUCACUUCGGGCACGGCUACGCUCUCGGGGUCAAGCAAUUUGGCGACGGCGGUUAAUCGCAGUCCGACUGCUAAAGGAUGGCCGAAACCGGGCUUUGGGGGGGUCCCUGCCUAUCGCAGUGCUAAGACGGGGCUCAAUAUGCUGAUGCGUGAAUGGCACCGAAUUCUCAAGGAGGACAGAGUUAAGACUUGGGCUAUUUCACCGGGGUAUCUAGCUACUGGCCUCGGAGGGAAUCCCGAGAUGUCUCGAAAGGCCGGUGCUGGAGAUCCUGCGGUUGCUGGGCCGUUCAUUCGCAGUGUGGUUGAGGGGGAAAGAGACGCAGAUAUAGGCCUGGUCCUAACUCGGGGUGGAAUUCAGGAUUGGUGA